AUGGUCUCGGGGUCGGGGCUCUGCGCGCGGCGGGUGGUGGUGGACGCCCGCCACCACAUGCUGGGGCGCUUGGCGUCAAUCAUCGCGAAGGAGCUGCUCAACGGGCAGCGAGUUGUGGUGGUGCGAUGCGAGGAGAUCUCCAUCUCGGGGGGAUUGGUCCGCCAGAAGAUGAAGUACGCUCGUUUCCGUAAUAAGAGGAUGAAUACCAAGCCUUCGCACGGGCCCAUCCACUUCCGCGCGCCUGCGAAGAUCCUCUGGCGCACGAUCCGCGGGUAAGAGUGAUGGUGACCUUGGUCGACUGGACACUCCAUGAUCUCCCAGAUGCCGUGUUUUCUCCCUCUGUGAUGAGCCUCUCUGGCGUAUUAAUUCAUUCGGUUCAUUUGAUGCAUGGUUUUCCGACUCUUUCCUCUCCUCUGCGAUAACCUUCUCUGGUCCAUUUAGUCUAAGCUGAUAUAGUCAUUUUUAAUCUGCAAUGUCCCGCAGAAUGAUUCCACACAAGACGAAGAGGGGAGAAGCCGCAUUGGCGAGGCUGAAGGCGUACGAGGGAGUUCCGCCACCGUACGACAAGGUCAAGAGGAUGGUCAUCCCCGACGCUCUCAAGUAAGUCUUCUUUCCUCUUCUACUACGCUCAUAUUCUUUUCAAUUUGGGCCAGUCUGCUGAUCUACGCCGCCGUCUUUGUAAUUGUUCAGGGAGCUGAGGCUGCGGAAGGGGAACAAGUUUUGCCUGCUGGGGCAAUUGUCGAAGGAGGUCGGAUGGAGCUACUAUGAUGUCGUUAGGGUGAGAGACUUGUUGAUCUGGGCUUGCUGAGCUACUAUGAUCUAGGCUCAUCCUCUAUUCAUCUAGGCUUGCUGAUCUCUUCUCUUUUCGUCUAACUAUCUGUUGCUUGAGGACGUCCGUCUUUUGUUCAGCGUGUCGUCCAUCAAGACUGCGAAUUGGAUGCGUUUUCUUCGUCGAGAUAUAUUUUGAAUAGACUGUUAUUCGUCUAUAUUUUAACGUUUUCUUUCUCCAAAACCGGGUUCUUGACAUUAUUCGAGGGCUGUUGUUUGCUUUUGAUACUUUAGAAUGAGGAUUUAUUUCUCAGAGAGCAGAAAACCUCGUAUCCUGUUAUUGUACAUAAUUUUUUACUGGAACCUUUUCAAACCCUGCAUAAGUAGUGUUUGUAUUUUAAUUACAAAUAUAAUGAAAAACAUAAUUAUUUUUAUUUUUAUUUAUCUUUUAGUGAUUAAUAUUAUUUUUAUAGACGAUUGUCCAGCACACUGGUGCUGGACGAAGAGUUAGUUCAUGAAUCCCCAGAAUCUGUAUUAACUUCCUAUGGGAAAUUCUAAAUACAUCGGAUUUCUUCUUUUUUUUCUUUUUUUUUUUUUUGGGAAGAAAAAAAACGUCUCCACCUUUCUCUUGAUAUCCAUUGAUGCCAAUUAUCUAUCACAUGAGCUCUCCUCCGGCCUAACUCUGGCUUGGUACCGUCAACAGCGAGUGUGGUUGCUGAUGGUUUUUUAGCUUAUUGUUUCUUUUCACAUUGUUUUUUCCCCAGACGUAUAUGGAUUUUCCAACUCAAGGAACUAUGGAUUUUUAUAUGAUUUUCAGAAAAUCAAAAAUCUGAUGAUUAAUUUCUUUUAAUCCACAGAUAUUUUGUUCAUAAUCUCCAUAUAAUUGUAUCAUCCAAACCUAAUUCACCUCUCCGCAUUGGUUAUUCGUAUCAAACUUUGGCAGAUUAUGUGCCAUCAAAUCAAGUCUCCCUUUCCUCUUUAGGCUCUCAAUCUCUGCAAUUUGCUGUUCUUGCUGCAGGAGCUGGAGGAGAAACGAAAGCAGAGGGCCCAGGUUGCGUAUGAGAGGAAGAAACAGCUGAACAAGCUGCGCGCACAGGCAGAGGCAGCUGCAGAGCAGCAACUCGGCUCCCAGCUGGAGAUCUUGGCCCCGAUCAAAUACUAA